AUGUGGUUCAAAACAAACGUUAUUGUGGUCAUAUAUUUCAUUAUUGGCCUGAAUGCGAAAGAGAUAAAUGCUAACAUAGAAAAACAUAUGGAAGCUGGAGAAUUAAAUAGCAAAGAUUUGAAAACGAGACGCAUUGUAAAGCAAGCAAACGCGGAACGGAUGCGGCAACAGUAUCGUCGAAGUAGUGGUGAUGAUGCGGAUGAGCAGCUAAAGUGGCUCAAUGCGAAUGAAAUGUACAACUUGGGUCAUAUUGCGUUGCUGCUCAAUGAGAGAGAUGGUUUUGAUGAAACACUUAUUUCUACACCGUCGAAGAAAGCCAUUACAAGUCGACUUUGUGGUAGCAAAUUAGUGGAAGCAAUCAUCAAACUGUGUCAUGGUUGUGUGAAACCUAUUGGCGGCAAAGCCGUUAGUGCUAAACGAUGUAAGUUAAAUUUGACUUCACUUAAUGCUAUUUUUGCAUAUUUUCAGUAUUAUUUAAUAAUCUUUAGUGAAUAG